GGAGUAGUUAUUAAAACGAGAUUCUAAACAUUUCAUAACACAUUUAAGAAAUAUAACAGCAAUAUAACAGCAUUUUAUCCCAUUCAGUUCCUGUUGUGUGGUGUGACAGUGACAGACAGAAGUGGCCAGGAUCUACAAAAGUUCCCGGUCCAGACAGCCCAAGAACCUGUAAACAAGGACCAGGUUCCGGAACAUCGGUGUGAAAGCGCCUAAUAAGAGUUGGACUACAAUACAUGGGAACUGGCUCUUUACAACCAUAAUCAUCUAAGCGAUGGCUCACUGUUCCAAUGAGGAGACCCAGACCUCGCUCCCCAACCUCUUGCUCCGUUCUCUGGAGGAGCUCACUGAAGAUGAGCUGAAGAAGUUUAAAUAUAACCUGAUUCACCUGAAGUAUGAAAAGUAUCAGCGCAUUCCCAGGGGUCUGCUGGAGAAUUUGGACAGAAGCGGCAUCGCCGACAUGAUGAUACGUUCCUAUGGUGAAGUCGGUGCUCUCAAUGUCAUGCUUGGUAUCCUGAAGAAGAUGAACCAGAAUGACCUUGUUCAGAGACUGGAUAACAUCUUGCAGAAGUGUAAUCAUANCCCGGGGACGACCCAGGACAC